AUGCCGUCCCGUGUGGAGGACUACGAGGUGCUGUACACUAUCGGCUCUGGCUCCUAUGGAAGAUGCCAGAAAAUAAGACGAAAAACUGACGGGAAAAUCCUUGUGUGGAAGGAGCUGGACUAUGGCACCAUGGCCGAGAGCGAGAAGCAGAUGCUGGUGUCAGAGGUGAACCUCCUGAGGGAGCUCAAGCACCCAAACAUAGUGCGGUACUACGACCGCAUCAUAGACAGGACCAACACCACGCUGUACAUUGUCAUGGAAUAUUGUGAAGGUGGGGACCUGUCCAGUCUCAUCAGCCGCUGCAUCAAGGAAAGGCGUUAUUUGGAGGAGCAGUUAAUUCUGCGAGUCAUGGCUCAGCUCACAUUAGCCCUGAAGGAGUGUCACAGGCGGAGUGACGGCAGGGCCACAGUUCUUCAUCGGGACCUGAAACCAGCCAACAUUUUUCUUGACAUCAAACAGAAUGUCAAGCUUGGCGACUUCGGCCUCGCGAGGAUCCUGAACCAUGACACCAGCUUUGCAAAGACAUUUGUUGGGACACCGUACUACAUGUCUCCAGAACAAAUAAACAGGAUGUCUUACAACGAAAAGUCUGAUAUCUGGUCACUGGGAUGUUUGCUGUAUGAACUUUGUGCAUUAUCGCCUCCAUUUACUGCUUACAACCAGAGAGAGCUGGCAGAAAAGAUCAGGGAGGGGAAGUUCAGAAGAAUCCCCUACCGGUACUCUGAGGGACUGAACACCCUACUCAGCAAAAUGCUCAACCUAAAGGACUAUCUGAGGCCUUCUGUGGAGUCUAUUCUCCAGAGCAGCCUGUUGAGGGAUGCGGUUGCCGAGGAGCAGAGGAGGGCACAGCUGCGGCCCCGAAGGAGAUCGGCGGGCUCCGACUGUCCCGUCCACAAACCGGCUGAACCGGUGCCUUCCUCGGCCGCAGAGCUCAGACUGAAAGAACAGGCGCUGCGGGACAGAGAACAGGCUCUGAAGGAACGUGAGGAAAGGCUGGAGAAAAGGGAGCAGGAGCUGUGUGUUCGUGAAAGACUGUCAGACGAGAAGCUUGCACGAGCUGAGAGUUUGCUGAAGAAUUGCAGCCGCCUACAGCAGCACAGGGACCUGGCACCGCUCAUAGAUGUGGAGAGCCUGUCACCUGGCAAGAAGAAAGUCCACUUUGCUGGUGAGAGCAAAGAGAACCAGCGGCCCGAUAGUCAUCAGAGCGUGACGUCACAGGAGCUGAUGUUGAGGAGGCUGCAAGCGGCCAGUCGGCGCGCCCAAACACUGAACGAAGUGGAGAAGAUCUGCCAGUUGAAGAGCAGGCAGUUCCUGGGCAUUCGCUGAUCCAGCAGAUGUUACUGACUUAUGACUGAAUGUGGAAACUUCUGAUAGCUUCGAGUCACAGCAGCUGGAUGUAAAUUAAUAUUUAUUUAUAUGAUAGUUGAGUAGCUGUAAAGCCCAAUAGCUCAACCAAAUGUAUCGUCGUGUCUGUGGCAUAUAAAGCUGUGUAGUGGCACAUUUUAAUUAGCUGGACAGUUUGAUGAGUGUAUGUGUGGAUGUUACAGGCAGCUAUUGCGAUUGUCAUUGUACUGUAUAUUCUUGCUAUAUUUAUUGUGAGUUUCUUUCACAGAUUAUAUGGCAGUAGACAUAAAAGGUCAGAUCCUAUGAUGAUUCAUUUGUAUAAGAAGAGAUAGCAGUAUAUAUGAAGAAUAACUCCUGUACCUGUGAUGACAAUGAGCAUAUAAACAAUCUAGAAAGAAACUGCUAGUAGCAAUAAAUGUAAUAAAAAUACAAGAUGUGUUAUUGUUA